AGCUGGAGAGGCGCGGGCUUCAAAGCGCGCGUCUGUUUGCCCGUGGAAGGCUGUGUUUGCCUCGGUGGGGCUGUGCGCUUCUAGGAACUGCAGAGCCGCCUGGGGGGCCUGCGGCCGCCUGCCUCCCUAGCCGCGGGGAAGCCGUGCCUCGGCCUUCCCAGGGACAGGAGAAGAGCUGGGGAUUUCUGGCGCCGCUGUCUUCAGCCGGGAGUCCGAGCACUUUCCAGAAAAUGCAACGUACUUACUGACAAGGGUGUUGCACAGAAAGCGUGUCUAAAUUCCUUCCUUUUCAUCAGAAACCAAAGACAACUUGGCGGUUAGAGACGGGCCUUGUUUUUCACUGGGUGCUGGUGACUGCAAGCCCGGUGAGCUGGAGCUGGGCAAACGGUUAGCCCAAGACUAAAUAUUCAGCAGCUUCAGUUCAACGGAAAUGUUUGUGCCUUUACUGCAGGCUGAAGCUCACUGAACUACAAAUUGGAUGUUAGUUCUUCUUGGUGGGGUUAUCUAGGUCAUUUUAAGUUGCUUUAAGCAGCUUUAAGGCGAUUUGUCUUAGGUUGACUGUGGGGCUUUUGCGUGUGACUUAGUAAGUUACAGUAGCUCUCUUCUCUGUGGUGAUAACUUCUCUUUGCUUCUGUUUUUAACAGAAGGAGUUAAAUGGGAGUCAAAACCUAUGAUGGAAAAAACAAACAGCACAAAGACAUAAACAUUAUUUGCUGCAGUGAAAACCUAACGAGCUUUGUUAAGAAGAAGUUGUUUACUGCCUUACAUGUACGCAAUACAGCAAGCAUGCUUCACAUUGAAAGCAGUGCAGAAAGAAGCAGCUCUGUAACAAUUCUUGUUGUGAUUCAGACUUGAUCUUUCAUCUCCUCCUUUCUCUGUGAAUUUCACAAACUAAAGAAGCAGGAAGUUGUGGAAUGAGGCAGCAAAUGUGGGAGCUGACCAAAAUGUUUGACUUCUAGGACGAUCGUAUGUGAUUAGUUUUUCAUGAAACAGCAGCACUUGGAGAGCUGCUUCAUACAAUUCAAGCACCUAUCCUAGUACUUGCAGAGCCUUACUACAGAAGGCAUAGAUAAAAUGAUGUGAACUUAUGGGCAUACAAAGGGAUAAAAGUUCAUUUAAAAAAAAAAAAAAUCUGACCCAUAAUUUCUCUUUCUGCCAACUACUAACAGAGAUAGAUUCAAUCCCCGGGUGUGCUGUAUAAAGAUAAUUAGAUAGUUUGGGGAGAGGGGGAAAUCAGAGGACCCAAAACCCUUGUAUAUGUGGUUUUAUAAUUGCUUGGAUUCUCAAUUAGGUCACACCAUCCUUUUCUCUAAGGGUAGAUUCAGAGGAGCCAUCAAACUUUUUUUCUGAGCCAAACAAUGGGCUCAUUAUAGAGACAAGCCAAAAGCAACUAUUGGAAAUAAAUAAAAAAUAGAUUUCUUAUUGCUGUAUUCAGAAAUAUUCUUGGUAGCUCAUAAGUGAGGCUUUUGUACACAGAGAAAUGACUUAGGUGUUACAGCAUCAGUUUUGAAUCUAGAUGCAGUAUUUCAUACUUUUUUUCUUUGUCAACACAAUGAAUAGCUUUAAAGUUUUUUCCAUGUGUAUAUUUCAGAUAUGCUGCAGUUCCACCUGGACACUGAAUGUCUCAUGAUCUUUUUUCUGAACGAUCUGAAUUUUCUGACCAAAACUCUUACUUCGUACAUUGUGCAACGUACUGUGUCUUUGGCUGUCAGGCUCCCCGUCUUAUUGAAAUGUCUGCUGACUUGGGUGAUAACCUGCUGACUAGGCCUGGACAACCCACAGUUGCUCGAAUACCUCCACCUAUUUUGCCAAGACCAUCACAGCAAACAGGAAGCAGUAGUCUGAGCACUUUCAGGCCAGCGUAUAGUAGUUCUUUUUCUCCAGGCUAUGGCUCAUAUGGAACCUCUUUUUACGGAAGCUAUAGUCCUUACGGCUAUGGAUAUGGUGGCUUGGGUUAUAACCGCUUUCGUACAGAUGAUAUCCCUCCCAGCAGGUUUGUUAAUGAAGAGAGCAGCAGAGGUGCAUUUCAGUCCAUUGAAAGUAUUGUGCAUGCAUUUGCCUCGGUCAGCAUGAUGAUGGAUGCUACCUUUUCAGCUGUGUACAACAGUUUCAGAGCUGUGUUGGAUGUAGCCAAUCACUUCUCCCGCCUCAAAAUACACUUCACAAAGGUGUUUUCAGCUUUUGCUUUAGUGAGAACGAUAAGAUACCUUUAUCAACGUCUACAGCGAUUACUAGGUCUACGGAAGAGCUCUGAGAAUGAGGAUUUGUGGGCUGAAAGUGAGGGGACGGUGGCUCGUGCUGGCGUUGAAGACAAGGCAGCUAGCUCUGCAAAAUCCUGGCCUAUUUUCUUGUUCUUUGCUGUUAUACUGGGAGGUCCCUAUCUGAUUUGGAAGCUGCUUUCUACGUACAGCGACGAAGAGACAGUAUCUAGUAACUGGGCAAGUGGAGAAGAUGAUCAUGUAGUUGGAAGAGCAGAAUAUGACUUCAGUGCUCUUUCAGAAGAAGAAAUUUCUUUCCGUGCUGGUGACAUGCUAAAAUUAGCACCCAAAGAACAGCAACCCAAAAUCCGCGGUUGGCUUUUGGCUAGUUACGAUGGCCAAACAACAGGACUUGUGCCAGCUAAUUACAUCAAAAUACUGGGCAAAAGAAGAGGUAGAAAAACAGUGGACCUGGAAAGGAUUGCAGAGCAACAGUCAGUCCUUACCAACGCAUCUGCUAAAGGAUCCACUGCUGCUGUGACUUUAGAGGAGCAGGAAGCUGCUUUUGAUUCUGUUUUUGCUGGAACGAAUAAAGUUCCUGUUGCGUCUGAUUCCACUGUGAGCAGUGGAGAGAAACGGGAACUCUAAUGCACUUUGAUCAGCUCAAUAACAGAACAAUGUUUUACUGAUAAAACUUUGGAUAUGUUGGAAAUCUGUAUGGUAGUGGAACACUGAUGGGUCUGUACCAGUUACUGCUGCCACUGACUGGUGAAGGGACAGAGAAAUGAUUUGCUCAAACUUAUAAUAUUUAUUUUUGAUUCACCUAAGGCUGUAUAUUAGUGACUCUACCCAAUCACCUGGCAGCAAUGAAAAGAUCUUGAGCCAAGGAGAACUGAGGUAUUUCUAACAAAGCAAACAAAAAAGAGGCAUUGGCAACCUGUUCUUAUUAAGUGGGCAGACUGUCAAUGAAAUCUGGAGAUUAAUGUCCAGUCUUCAUCAGAAUGUCAGCUUAACAAGAGGCCUCUGUAAAAGAUAUGCAAAUUUCUGUAAGAGGGUCCCCAAAAGUGAAGGUUUAGGACUCUAAAAUAUUAAUCAUACAGUGUUUUCUCUCAAAAAGAGGAACAAUUUAAAGAGAUUUAGGUGACACAAUCAAAGCAUUAAAAGCUCUCAGUUGCUUGCUUUGGUAAGAAGUUGGGCUUCUGUUAUAAAGACCUUAGCUCUUUUUUUAUUUAAAAAAAAAAAAAGAAAAAGACUCUUUUUCUUAUGAGAAAGAAGGGGCGGGGGAAGAGUGCAAAUUACAGAAGAAAAGCAGGGAAGCUUCAACAGUAGGUCUAACCAUCCUCUUCUCCUCAUUAAAAGAGCAUUAGAAUAAAGUGCAUCCACUAGUCAAGUACUUUCCAGGGCACUUAUUAAUUGUUACUCCCUUUUGUGACCAGCAAACUAACUUUAUCAUACUAGUCAUGCAUUAUAGCCUGCUAACUGCCCAACAAUAGCCUAUCAACUACCAUCUGCAUGUCAUUUUUCUUCUGUUUUCUUCAUGAAUGUCAAAAGAUCUAGCCUGCAUUUUAGUGCAG